GAAAAAGUCGGAGAGAGAGUGCGUGUGUGUGUGUUAGUGUCAGAUAGAAGAUGAUCAAGAGGCAAAGCUGAGAGAUUUUUCUUUCUGUGUUUCUUCCUAAGUUUGUCUGCUUUCCAAAGAACACCGACACUGGUGGGUUGAGGUGGCCGGUCAGGUUCAAGUGGAGAGAAGACUAUAGCUAGAAGUAUAUAUAUUUUAUAUAUUUAGGAAGUGAACGACAAUGUAUGGGGAUUGUCAAGUAAUGUCAACCAUGGGAGGAAAAGUAGUUUCCUCAGAAACCCUUUUUUCAUCGUCGCCGAUCCAAAACCCUAACUUCAACUUCAUGCCUUUCCAGACUUUCCCUCCCAUGAUUGCUAAAGAAGAAAGCGGGCUUCUGAUAGGGAAGGAUGAGAUGGAGAGUGGGUCUGGGAGUGAACAAGUUGAAGAAAAGUCAGGGAACGAGCAAGAAAGUGAACAGCCUCCCAAGAAGAAACGCUACCACCGCCACACCUCUCGCCAGAUCCAAGAAAUGGAAGCUUUGUUUAAGGAAUGUCCACACCCAGAUGACAAGCAGAGGAUGAAACUCAGCCAAGACCUUGGCCUGAAGCCACGGCAGGUGAAGUUCUGGUUCCAAAACCGGCGAACCCAGAUGAAGGCACAACAAGACCGGGCAGAUAAUGCGAUACUUAGAGCGGAGAAUGACGGUCUAAAGAAUGAGAAUUUCCGGCUUCAGAGGGCGCUAAGCAAUGUUGUCUGCCCUAAUUGUGGAGGUCCGGGUGUGAUUGGAGGGGAGAUGGGCUUGGACGAACAGCAAAUCCGCCUUGAAAAUGCCCGCCUCAGAGAAGAGCUUGAACGUGUUUGUUGUCUCGCUUCACAAUAUGCUGGCCGGCCAAUCGAAGCAUUACCACCGGCUCCUUCGCUUAUGCCCCUCUCGUUGGAUUUGGAUAUGAAUAUGUAUUCUCGGCACUUCGCAGACCCUAUGGCUUCAUGCACAGACAUGAUUCCUGUGCCUAUGUUGAUGCCGUCGGAAACUUCCCACUUCUCUGAAGUCAGUAGUCUAUUAUCGGACGAGGAAAAGUCAAUGGCAAUGGAGCUUGCCGUUUCAUCGGUGGAUGAACUGGUGAAGAUGUGUAGAGGAGGAACCGAGUCUCUUUGGAUCCGGAGCAGUGAAAAUGGAAGAGAAGUGCUUAAUUUUGAGGAGCAUGCUCGGAUCUUUCGGUGGCCAUUGAACCUCAAGCAGAACUCCAAUGAGUCCAGGACGGAAGCCAGCCGUGAUACUGCUGUUGUUAUAAUGAAUAGCAUCACCUUGGUCGAUGCUUUCCUUGAUGCUAAUAAAUGGAUGGAGUUGUUUCCUUCAAUUGUUUCAAGAGCAAAAACCAUUCAAGUUAUAUCGUCGUCAGGUGAUUCUGGUCAUGCAACUGGCUCUCUUCAACUGAUGUAUGCAGAAUUGCAGGUUCUGUCUCCAUUGGUACCCACCCGUGAGGCUCAUUUCCUUCGUUAUUGCCAGCAGAAUGCCGAGGAGGGGACAUGGGCAAUUGUUGAUUUUCCAAUUGAUAGCUUCCAUGACAACCUUCAGCCUUCCUUCCCCAGAUACAAGAGACGCCCCUCUGGCUGUCUUAUUCAAGAUAUGCCUAAUGGCUACUCAAGGGUUACGUGGGUAGAACAUGCAGAGGUAGAGGAGAAACCAGUCCAUCAGAUUUUCAGUGAGUAUGUGUACAGUGGGAUGGCAUUUGGAGCGCAACGAUGGUUAGCUGUAUUGCAGCGACAAUGCGAGAGAGAUGCAAGCCUCAUGGCUCGAAAUAUAUCCGACCUUGGAGUGAUACCCUCUCCAGAAGCACGAAAGAACCUGAUGAAGUUGGCCCAAAGAAUGACAAGAAGUUUCUGCAUCAACAUCAGCACUUCGAGUGGGCUGAUAUGGACGGCUCUAUCAGAUUCCCCAGAUGACACAGUCAGAAUCACUACAAGGAAAAUCACCGACCCUGGCCAACCCUACGGCCUCAUUCUUUCUGCUGUUUCCACUACUUGGUUGCCAUGCCCCCAUUACCAUGUCUUUGAUCUCUUGAAAGAUGAACGGCGUAGAUCUCAGCUUGAUGUUCUCUCCAAUGGGAAUUCCUUGCAUGAGGUGGCUCACAUCGCAAACGGCUCUCAUCCAGGAAAUUGCAUUUCUCUUCUUCGCAUCAACGUAGCCAGCAACUCAUCGCAGCAUGUGGAACUAAUGCUGCAAGAGAGCUGCACAGACGAGUCCGGGAGCCUCGUUGCGUACACCACCAUGGACGUGGACUCCAUCCAGCUCGCAAUGAGCGGCGAGGACCCCUCCUGCAUUCCCCUUCUACCCAUUGGGUUUGUCGUAGUUCCAGCUGGAUCCACCACUGGCGACACCGCUAACAUUUCCGGCGACGGUAACCCAAUCCCAUCAUCCGAAGACUCCAUUAAUGCACCUACUUCUUCAGGCUGUCUACUCACAGUGGUGCUCCAAGUUCUUGCAAGCACAAUCCCAUCAGCAAAGCUCGACCUCUCCAGUGUCACCGCCAUCAACAACCACCUGUGUAACACGGUGCACCAAAUUACUGCUGCUCUUAGUAGCACCGCCGCCGCCAGCUGCCCUGAGAAUGCUAGUGUUUUAGGUUCUUGCAGUGAGCCCACUAGUGCACCACCCAAGCCAUAGCUCAGAAGCGGCAAACAUACUUAUUCGAGUUGUUAGCAAUUUGAGCACGUAAUGCAAUAGAGCUGAUCAUAUGAAACUUAAUCAUCUGUCCAAAUAAAUUUUGGACUGUACGUUCAAUUACCCAUCGGGCAAAUGGGUCACAUAUAGACUCUCUUAUAUUACUUGCUCAAAUUGCUGGCGAUUCAGACAGGUAAAGGAGCUCGUGCAUGGGAAUUGUGGCUAAUUUGGUGAGAGAGAAAGGGGUAGGAAUGUGAAAUAAAAUAGGUGAUCGAGGUUGGGUUUUGGUAAAUAAGUGUAAGUAGUGAAAGUGGUAGGUGUUAUUUGUUAGUUGUGAAGGCCUGAGGCGGAGUCAAGAGCGCACCAGAUAAGACCCUUGCUUUCUGGUAAGGCUUAUAAGUUAAAUUUGUUUGAAGUGGAAAAGGAGAUGGGCAUGGGCCUCACCAGUCAGCAAGGGUGGUGGUUCGGGUAUUGACUUCUGCUUGUCUGUCGGCUUUUUUGUUCUCCAUGAAUUCAAUGCUUUUUUAUUCACAUUAACUCUUUUUUCUUUA